AUGAAUUCAGGAAUAAGAUAUUCACCUAAAUUAAUUGUUGGGGUUGAUAUUGAUAAAGAGUUGGUUGGAUGUGCAAUGGUAAAUAAACGUCUAACAUAUUCUCUUUCAAAACCAACAUCUAUGUCAACUUCAACACUAAAGAGUGAUGGUGAUGAUGAUAUCAUUGUACGUGAUUAUUUUCUCCAAUCCAUACCAGCAAUGUUUGGACUUUUGCCUGUUAAAAGUUUUGAUGAUAUAGAUUUCAAUAAUGAUCAAGUGAAAUUUCCAGAUAGUGUUCAGUUUCGAUGUUGUGAUUGGAUGGAGGAGCCUCAUUCAUACAAUAAAUAUGACACUAUUUUGGGAUUAAGUGUAUCGAAAUGGAUUCAUUUAAAUAGAGGAGAUAAAGGUCUCCAAGAAUUUUUUCAGAGAAUUUAUGACAAUUUAAGAAUUGGAGGGAGAUUUAUAUUUGAACCACAAGCAUGGAAAUCGUAUAGAAAAUACAAGGAUCUGUCCAAAGAGGCUCAAUUGGAUAUUUCACCGGCUCUUCAACAGCAAUUUGCCACAAUGUAUGAAAUUCUUGAGGCAAUAAAAUUUCAAGAAUUAGAGCCCGCAUUAUCAUGGGCAAAAUCAAAUCGAGAGGGACUUGAAAAGCGUGGAAGUUCGCUUGAAUUUCAGCUUCAUCGCCUUCGCUACAUCCAAUUUUUAAUAGACCAACAACAUAAUGAAGCAUUGAUGUACGCAAAAAAUAAUUUUAAUUAUUUUAAUAAUCGCCAUUUACAUGAUUAUUGUAAUACUUGUGGUAAUGGUGGUCAAUUAAUGUGUUGUGAUUCUUGUCCAAGAGCUUUCCAUUUCACGUGUUUAGUUCCUCCACUUGAUAUUGACAAUACACCACAAGGAAAUUGGUAUUGUAGGGUUUGUUGUGCAGAGGAAAAUCCACCAUCAGGUCCACAAGGCUUAUUUCAAGAAUUAAUAGAAAGAAUUAAUAAUCCGAUCAAUGAGAACAAUGAUAAUGAAUUAAUUAAUGGGGGAAAAAUCUGA